CGAUUGCUCAUAACUCCAAACAGAAGAUGGAGAAAACUGUGAAAAUCAUGCUAUCAGCUUUCAUCAUGCUUUUAGUCCAUGCAUCUUUGCCUUCAACAAUCUCAAGUGCCGAUAAUCCGCCAGAUUUCUUCUACGUUUACCUGAAGUGGCCUGGUUCUCAGUGUGCUACAAAAGAAGGAUGUUGUCUCAAAAAAACACCAAAACCUGCAAGAGACUUCAUAAUUACUGGAUUUCAACCAUAUUACUUCAAUGGGACCUGGCCAGAAAAUUGUGACCCUGCAAGCCACUUGGAUGUAUCAAAGAUCUCACAUCUGAGAACAAGAUUGGAAGCUCAUUGGCCGUCACUUACUUGCCCUGGUAGUAACCCAGAGAAGCUAUGGUCAGAUGCAUGGAAAAAAUACGGGACAUGCUCAAAACCUACCCUAAAAAAUCAACAAGAAUACUUCAGGCAAGCACUUGCAGUAAGGAAAAGUGCUAAUCUCCUCAAAAUACUCGGUGAUGCAGGUAUUCGACCCGAUGGAUCAUCUUAUCCAAGGGAUACAAUCUCAGAUACCAUAAUAGGUGGAGGGUUGCACUUCCCUGGACUAGCGUGUAGCACAGACAAGGAUGGCAACUCGCAGCUAGAUCAAGUCAUUCUUUGCACAGGUUCUGAUGCAAAAACAUUUACUGAAUGUCCCGGGAAUGGAUUUGGAUGUGACGGAGAUGUCAAAUUCCCUCACUUCUGACCCACAACUAUUCUGCUUCUCUCCCAGUGAGGUUGUAAUAAAGUGGUGUGUGCUGCAUUACUCAAGUGUACUGCUGGUGUUGCAAAAAUCUCUGGAUUGCCUACUUCUGGUUCCUUUGCACUUUUGC